AUGAUAGAUUUCUUAUAAGAAUCAUAUUCUUUAGAUAAUAAAGAAUUACGCCAAUCAGCAUUAAUUGAUAUACAGAUUGCUGAAUAAAUUGAAAUAGACUAAUCAGAUUAGUAACACUUGCCUUUUGGAAUUUGGUCAAAAUAUAAUCCCUUAGGUCUCGCCACUUUGAAGGAUGCGUAUGGCCUAUUCGACAGUAAUUGUUUUUAAAUAAUCAAUUCUGUUGAUUAUGCAACUUAAAGUUUAAAUUUUAUUUAAUAUGAUUGCGUCUAUGAUACCACUAAAGAGAUAAAAAAAUUCAUCUAAAUUGGAUUUAGUUAGACUGACUAGUUUAUAUUUUCAAUAUAGAUAGAACCCUCUGAAUAUGAAGAUAUUUGGUAUUUUUUUUACAUUAUAACAAAUAUUUCGAAAAAGAGAGUAGAAUUAACAAUUUCCUCCUAGCUAAAUGUGAUCUUUAAGGAAACUCUUGAACUUAUAUUACCUAAAAGAGACUAAAAAUUAUUAUUUACUUUUGGUGGGAGUUUUAAAGUAGAGAAUUCAAACAUCUUAUUAAUUGAAAAAGGAAGAAUAUUCUCGCUUUAUCCUGGUUAAUUAAUUGUAUAUAACUUUGAGAUGAAGAGAAUAUCAAUAGAUUUUGAUUAUUGGUUGGAAAUUACUUAAUUUUAUGAGGAAAUAUAAAAUUGUGAAUGUGUAACAGAUUUAAAUAUGAACGAAGUUCAUUUACUUUUUCUAGAUGUUUAGACAAAUCUUUUAUAAAAUAUCAAUUGCAAUUCUUAUACACUGGCUGGAUGGCUAAAGAUAUCAUAAAUUCAUCAAUCUUCUGAAGAGUUUAUUUAUUAGUUCCUGAAAAUAAGUACAAGCAUUGAGGGAAUAGAAACUGAAAAUUUAGCCACUUUUCAGCUUUACUAUCACAUUUCUUCUGUUUAAAAUAAGAUAAUAAUUACAACAUAUUAAUACGAUUUUCCAUCUGUUACAUAAGACUUUUCAAAUGAUCCAUUUAUAAUUAGAAGAGAAUUAAUAAUUUAUAAUAAUAUUACUUCAUGGCAAUAUAUUUACAUAAAUUUGCAAGAGAAUCGCUUAGAUUUUUCUAUCAUAUUUUACGAAGCUUCAAGUUCUCAAUCAUAUGAAACCAUAUUUAAUGUUAAGUAAUUCCAUAAUUAAUAAUUAAAGAUUUCUUGUGGAAAUAUUUAAUAAACAAAAUUAGAUUAUUUAGAUGUGAUUGUAAGAAGUUAGCUAUUUAGCAAUUGUAUGCAAGAUUUAAAAUAACAAAAAUGUCAUUAGAGCUGUAAAGAAUGUGAUGGACCCACUAAGUAUCAUUGUUUAAGUUGUUCUAAAGAAUUGAAAAGAAUAUAUAUUCCAGAGUUUAAACAAUGUGAUUGUCAAUAUGGUACCGUUGAUUACAAUAAUGCAUGCAUUGAUUACAUCGAUUAAUAUCUAAAUUUAAAUCUUUAGUUAAAUGUCAAACAAAGAAACAACUUAAAUUGUAAAAUGGGUUACUUUGAAUUAGAUGGAGAUUGUAUAAAAUGGUAAUUAUCAUGCAUUAUUAUUUUUCAGCCCUUCGAGAAUCUAUAGGGAUUUCUUAAAUUGUUUUGAAUGCUUUAGUCAGCCAGAUACAUGGUUUCAAAAACCAUAUUGCAGUCUAAAUUUAGAAUUUACUAAAAUAUUAGGUUAAUAUGAAAGACCGAUUACCUAGAAUUUUUACUUACACGAUUCCUCUGACUUAAUCUCAACUAACAUUCCUUGGUAUGACGUUGGAGGAAUAAGUAUUAAAAAUGAACGACUUCUUUAUGAGUACUUUUAGUUGAGCUUAUAGAUUUUCGUUUCAUUAUGUAAUUCAUAGAAAUCUAAUAUAUCUGGUGAACACUCUUGUUAUGCUUGCGAUAUUCGUUAUUGUUAAAGUUGCGGAUUAACUUAAAAUAAGGGUAUUUUUUGUUUAAAAUGUGAAUAUCCAAAAGAACUUGUUAAUGGCAGAUGUACCGAUUAUGAAAUAUUUAAUUACACAUCAUGCUUGCCUCCAUAUUAUGCAUCAUUUUCGAGAAAGUGUGAGUUAUGCCCAAUAGAGAAUUGCAUAUACUGUUUCGAAUUUGUAUAUAAUGGUGGAUUCUAAAUGAGUAUUGAAUUUUCAGAUUUAUUUAAUAAAGAGGAUAUACAAAUUGGUUGUUUGUUAUGUGAAAAAGAUUAUAAUUAUAAUUUCUAUCAUUAAAGAUGCAUAAAAAAGGCUCCUACUAUAAAUAACUGUGUGACAUCGGUUACAAAACCAAAAAAUGAAGAAAUAUGUUUAACAUCAAGUUUAGAUAAUUUUCAAGUCUCAAAAGAGAUUAAUCAUUGCGGUUCAUUAAUAUCAUAUUGCUCAGUGUGUUUUAUUGAUUACAAUAACAAAAUAACAUGCUUAAAAUGCGAAUCUGGUUAUGUGUUAUUUGAUGGAUUCUGUUAUUAUGGUGAAGAAGAAAGCGGUUAUGCUUUAAAUGAAUAUUGGAAUACGAAAGUAAAAAGUUUUUUAAUUAACUUUUAUCAAUAUUACGAUUAUAUUGAACCUUUAAAAUCAUAUCCAUGCGGUAAUUAUUGUAAAACAUGCAAAUAUUCAUUAGGAGAGUAUUAAUGUGAAGAAUGUUAUCUAGAUACAAGAGAUGAGGAUUUAUAUUUAAAAAAUUACAUGUGUAAAUCUUGUUAACCAUAUUGUUUGCUUUGUAACAGUCGAUAUGAAAUAGAUAUCUCAGUAAAUAUAUAAAAUUAUCAAAGGUAAUAGCACCAUUCCUUUUAACCACUUAUUACAAAACGCUAUAUACAUAUUAAUGUCUAUUCCCUAUUCUAGAUCCUAAUAUAUAUUACAAUCCUUAUUUAAAAACUACUUAGUAUUGUUUGGAAGGUGAUUGCAGUAAUGAACUAACUUAUGAAUUUUUUCAAAAUCAUUGUGGUUUUUCUAGAUUUCCAAAAUAAAUAGAUGAUAUAGGAAUUCAAACAGAAUAUUUGAAUAGCAUUGGAGCUGUUUCUAUGACCAUAGUUAUCAGAAUAGAAUUAGAAGGGGAUUUUUGUUUCCUAUCACCAACAAUAGCAACAACAGCUUCCAUAAAAUUUCUUGUGUUUACUUUAUAGAUAAUACAUUUGAAAUUAUUAGCGACAUCUCCUUUUUACAUGGCUAUUUUUGGUUAGAUUUAUAUCCAAGAAUAUGAUUCCUUUACAAUGAUUGGCUUUGGGAUAAUUUUAGAUUUCGAUAUGACAGAUUUCAACGUCAGUAAUAGCAAAAAUGAAGUAAGUUUUACAUUAAUAAACAAUACUAUAAAGGAUAGCUUAGUAUAAAAUGUUCAAUCCAUAUUUAAGACAAAAAACUUUGGUGAUGUAAACUUAAAAAAUAUAUCAAUAAUUAAUACCCAAUUUGUUAACUCAUCACUCUUUAACUUUAACUCAUUUAACUUAAUCGGGGAAGUUAAGAUCAAUUAAUUAUAAUUAUUUAAUUGUACUCUUACUGACUCAAUUUUGUUUGAAUUUUCUUACACCUAAUUUCCAAUAAAAUUCAUAAACUUUACUAUGGAUUAAUGUAAACUGUAAAAUUCAUCUAUUUUUAAUUUUAGAGCUAAUAAUCCAUUAAAUAUUCAAAUAUAUCUACUAAACAUAUUAAUUUAGAGAUCUAAAAUUGAGUCAGUCCUAAUUUUUAUAUUGUUCUUAACAAGUUGAUGUUAUUGCAAAUAAUUUAGUCUUUAAUUUUAACUAAUUAUUGGAUUCGAUUAUAUUUGGAUUUAGUUCUGGUUUAAACUCAUCUUAGAUUGAAGUUAAGAACAAUAUAUUUAUUCAAUCUUCGUUUAUGACAACUAUUUAGCUAAUAGCUCAACAAUUAGCAUCUUGCAAUUUAAUGUACAUAAUAAUAAGAAAUAAUAAAUUACAAAAUUCAAAUCUAUUUAAAUUUUUUUCAGAAUUUCAAUCAAAUGAUCUCAUUAUACGUUUUUAGAAUGUAUUAAUUGAAUACAAUGAAGGUUUAAUUACUCUAAACCAAGUAAGUUAUAUGUUUAACAUAAAUGGCAAUUCAAUUAUUUUGGAUAACUUUUAAAUCUACUAAACUAAAAAAAUUUCUAUCCUCAAUUUAUUUGAUUCCUAGAAUGUAGAACUAUUAAACUUUAUUGUUGAGAAUUCUGAAAUGGAAGAAAAGAUAUCUGUAACAAAAAGCUGUUUAUAAAACAUAAAUUUUUAAAACCAAAUAGUAUCAAUAGUUAAUUUUAAUACAAUUUCCAUAUCUAAUUUAAAAAUAAAAUAUAUAUAAAGUAUGGAUGAAUCAAUAAUUAAAAUUUUGUCUAAUAGUUAAUAUUUCUAAGAAAAAAUAAGCUAAUUAACAAUAAUAAAUAUUGAAUUUUAUGGAAAUCUUCUACAAUCACUAAAUUAAAAUCUUUAUUUUUCAUUAAUUACAAUUAUUUCUGACAGAAACCUGGAUAUUCAAAUAAAAAAUGUGGUUUUUUUAAAUAAUAUAAUGCAUGAGUAUAAUGAAAAUUCAUUAAGGGAUUCAGCAGCAUUGUUCUACAUCUCAACUUUAGCAAGUACAAUCCAAAUAGAAAAUUUAUAUUGCAAAUACAAUGCAAUGACGAACUCAUCGAAUUCAUUUAUUCAUAUUGCUGCUAAAUCGUUGAAAAUGCACGAUGUGCACGUAAGAAAUCAUAAUAUUCUGCCCUUUAGUAUUUGGAAUUAUUAUUAUAAUUUGAUAUAGGGUAAUUAAGACCAAAUCUAAUCUCAAAUUAUGUAGGUUUUUUUAAUAAAAACAAUUGGAGGUGCAGCAUACAUUCAAACAUCAAAUUUUUUAUGUAUCAACUCAUCUUUUGAAGAAAUAAUGGCUGCAAAAAUUUCGGUUUUUGAUAUCGUCACAUCAAGUGAUGGAACAGUUAUGAUGCAAAAUCUAUCUGUUAUUUCAACUAGAAAUAGUUUUGAGGAAAGUGUUGAAAGUGCAGGAUGCUUAAGUGUUAAUGCGAUUAAAAGUAUAUUAUAUCUUUAAAUUAAAAAUGCCAAAUUUCAGAAUAUUCUAAACAGGAUGGCAUCAUCCAUAAUUACAAUAAAUCCUUCGAUACAGAAAAAUAAAUUGAGAUUCUAAAAUAUGUCGAUAAUAAAUUGUGUUUCAUUAAAAAAUUAGAUUGUUAAAGUUUAAUUUAUUAUUUAAGCAAAUAAAUACAAUUCCAUCUCAUUUACAAAUUUAAUGAUUCGCUAAAAUUUAGAAUCUUGGGUCGAUUUGUUUUCGAACACAGGAACUUUGUCUGACUCUGAAAUUCAAGAUAUAAUUGGGAAAGAUAAUGCAAUGAUAUAUUUAGAGAAUUGUGAUGCUACUUUAGAAAAUCUUUUUUUUGAAGGAAUGCUUUUUUCUAGUAUUCUUAAUUUAAAUAACAUAAAUUCUCUAAAUAUGCUAAAUUGUUCAUUUUAUAAUGUUUAGAAUAUUUAUACAUAAAAUCUAAUUUAAAUUACUUAAAGCGCGUAAUAACAGUAAAGUGUUUCCUUAAGAUAUUUGAAUUUCAAAUAUGGAUCCAUGUAUAUUAUCGAUCAUUCAAUGAAUUAAGAAUACUUAUCAAAAUAUAACAAAUAUUUCAUUUUUGGAUGUUUUAUAUAGAGUUUUUCAGUUGAAUCUUUAGAGAAAAAUUACUUUUAUAGCAAUACAAUAUAACUAGUAUAAUAAAAUCAAUAACAAACAUCAAUAAUUUAUGUCAAGAGCUACUCAAACCAAGGUGUUUUUAUUUUUGAUAGGAUUUAAUUUUAAAAUAAUAAUUAUUCUGCUACUUACUAAGGAAUAAUCCAUUUUGAUAAUAUCAAUUUUAAGAGAUUCUAAAUUAUUAGAUUUGAUUGCAAUUAUAAUUUUAUCAAUAAGUAUGGAUGCUUAAAUAUAAUUGGUAAUUAAAAUGCUUCUAACUUGUUUGAAGUUAAAAAUUCACAUUUUAUUUCAAACCUUGGUACUUAAGGAGUUGCAAUAAAGAGCAGUGAUAUAAUAUUAAAGAUAAAAAAAUGUAAAAUUAUUUCUAAUAUUGCACUUUCUUAAGGUGGAGGUUUAUAUUUGCAACUUAACUCUAAAAAGUUUUAUAUUUCUGAAACUAUCAUAAUUGACAAUAAAGCUCAAUAGGGAGGAGGAAUUUACUAUGAAUAGGAUAAUGAUCUCUCAAUGAAAACCUAAGAUUAAACUUUCAUUUACUUCAAUCAGGCAGAGUUAUAUGGAAAUAAUCUAGUAGAAAAUCCUAGUUAUUUGCAAUUAUAUAUUAAUUCAAAAGCUAUGAAUGCCAUAGAAUAGAAAAUAAAUAAUAUUUCAACAAGCAUCCUAAAAAUGAGUCCAUACAUUGUAAUGGAAUAAGGUAUUACAAAAUAUACUGAAAUGCUUAUGCUUCCUAGUACAUAAGUAAUUGAUACUUAUCAAAUAUUUUUUCUCAAUGAGGCUACUUUCUUGACCUACAUUAAAACUUUAAAAAUUGUUUUCAAAAAUAGCAAGGGAGAAGUACUUCAUAAUAAUUAUAAUUCAACUUGUGAAGUAUCAGAUUACAUUGUUACAAAGGAAACAGGAGAAAAAUAAAAAUCUUCUUUAAUUUAGCACUUACUAUACUAGACAUCCGAUAAUAAUUUUGAAUUAAAUACUUUAGUUUUUCGACUUGACCCAUAUAAAUAGGAAAAUCGUCACUUAGAAAUUCAAAUAUUUUGUAAGACUCAAAAUUCUCAAAAUGGUCUAAAUUAUAUCAUAAAUGCAAAAAGUUUUAAAUGUUAGCUAGGAGAAUUUUAUAUCGAAGAUGGCUGCUAGAUUUGCAAAUUUAGUCAAGGUUUCUAUAGCGUAACCUACGAUGCAAUUAAAUGUUCGAUUUUUGAUAAAACUAAAUUCUAGACAGUAACUUCUAAUAUGAUAAAUUUAAAAAAGGGGUUUUGGAGACCGAAUCAUUUAUCCGAUGCAACAGAGGAAUGUUAUAAAAAUGCAGAAUUUUGUUAAGGAGGAUGGGAGGUUGGAGAUUCAAUUUGUAUUAAAGGUCACAUAGGCGCACUAUGCGAGAUGUGCGAUUUAUAUAAUAUAAGGGGAGAGGGGUAAUAUAUUAGAAGUUAAUAAAAUUCAUAAUGUGUUUCAUGUUCAAAUGAGUAGAGCAGCAUUUUCCCUUUUAUUUUUACUUUAUUUUAGUAUAAAAUAUUAUUUACUUUAGGGCAUUAUUAUCUCUAACAUUAUCACUUAAAAGUAUCAAUAAAUCAAAUUCUUUGUUUAGUUCACUAAGUGUUUUUUAACAUAAAUUUAGUAAAAUACUAUUUAAGUUAAAUUAAGGUAAUUAUAAAUUUACAUUUAGAUCAUGAGGGUAUAUUAAUUAAGAUCUUAUUAAAUUACUUAUGGAUAUUUUCAUCCAUAUUUACUUUUAAUAUAAAGUUUUCAUUUUCUAUCUUCUUUAUAGAACAAUCAAGUAAUAGCUUUUAAUUUAUGGUCAAUAAUUUAGAUUGUUAUUUAUCAGAUUUAUAAAUACAUUUAAUAUACGCUUAAAUUAUUGUUUUAAUCUUAUUAAUGCUGCUACAAUUUUAUUUUAUGCUGAUAGUUUCAUUUAUUUAUCAUCAACUAUCAUCAUAGAAAAUGGAUAAGAGUAUAAUUUCAAACACUCUGCUUUGCUUAUAUGUUUUUAAUUAUGGAGGAUUAAUAAAAUUGUAAUACAGAAUUAUAAAUUAGUUUGUGUUCGAAACUGUCCAUUAGAUAAAUAUCUAAUAUUGAUUACAUUCAAGGAGAUGUUUCAUUAAUGUUUAAUAGUUAGGAACACUAGUUAUGGGUUUAAUUUCUUAUUAUUCCACUCUUGUUAAUUUUUGGAGGUAUUAUUCCAAUUUCAUUAUUUUUAUUGAUGCUUCUAAAUAGAUUUCACUUGUAUAAGAUACAAUUCAGAAAACAUAUUUGUUAUUUGUUUAAUGAAUACAAUGAAAAUAGAUAUUAUUGGGAGUAAAUUAAAUUGAUAUAGAAGUUAUGUAUAAUCUUAAUAAUGACUAACUUUGAGAACAAUUUGUUAUUUAAAACAACUUUAUUAGGCUUAUGCUUAGAAGCAUAUUAAGUUUUGGCUAUAAAUAAUAAACCUUAUAUCAUUUCUAAAUUUAACAAAUUAGAUUUAUAAUCUGGCUAGAUUUGCUUAAUCGCAAUAUUUCUUGCUGCAACUAAAUAUGAAAGUUAAGUCUUGCAAAACAAUGUUUUAUCAAUGUUCCUUUAAACAAUUUUGAUUGUAUUAUUAUUUCGACUUAGUUUUCCUUUUAUUAAAGACAUUCUAAGUAUUUAUUUCAAAAAAUAUUCAACACCAAUUUUAACAAAGCUUAAUCUAUAUUUGAGAUAAUCAAAAAUUAAUAUUUAAAAAAUAUUGGAAAUGGUUUGGAUAGGGAAUUUCUAAAAAAAAAACAAUUACAAAUGA